AUGAGUAGUCAGGAACUAGUCACUUUGAAUGUGGGAGGGAAGAUAUUCACAACAAGAUUUUCUACCAUAAAGCAGUUUCCUGCCUCUCGGUUGACAAGAAUGAUAGAUGGCAGAGACCAAGAAUUCAAGAUGGUUGGUGGCCAGAUUUUUGUGGACAGAGAUGGUGUUUUAUUUAGUUUCAUCUUAGAUUUUUUGAGAACUCACCAGCUUUUAUUACCCACUGACUUUUCAGACUAUCAUAGGCUUCAGAGAGAGGCUCUUUUCUAUGAACUGGAUCCUCUGAUUGAUCUCUUAAACCAAGAACACUUGCUACAGCCAAGACCUGCUUUUUUGGAGGUGCAUUUCCUAAGCCGAAACACUCAAGCUUUUUUCAGGGUAUUUGGCUCUUGCAGCAAAACAAUUGAGAUGCUAACUGGGAGGAUUACAGUGUUUAUAGAGCAACCUUCAGCAAUGACCUGGAGUAGUAACUCUUUCCCUCCUCAGAUGACUUUACUUCCACUGCCUCCACAAAGACCUUCUUACCACGACCUGAUUUUCCAGUGUGGCUCUGAGAGCACUACUGAUAACCAAACUGGAGUCAGGUAUGUUUCUAUAAAACCUGAUAAUCGAAAAUUGGCCAAUGGAACUAACGUCCUCGGCUUACUAAUCGACACUUUAUUAAUGGAAGGCUUCCAUCUAGUCAGUGCUAGAACAUUAUCUUCUGAAGACAAAACUGAAUGCUAUAGCUUUGAAAGGAUAAAAAGGCCUGAAGCUUUCACCAUGAACAAAACACUGAAACCAGAGACUACCAUCAUAUCAGAGCAAUCUCAGAAAAAAAAGUGA